ACUGCUCGCGUCACUCUCCAGCAGCAGCACAGAAGACGAAGAAAAGAGAGAGAGAAGCUGACUGGAAGCAGAAGCAGCACCGUCUGGUAACCUUAACCUUAACGUCGCCUCUUUCUCUCCAACGCCGUUCGAAACUUCGUCGUACUAGGCUCAGCUCGAAAUGGCCCCUCAUUCGGAGUUCACCGACGGAACCCAAGCGCCCAACUCCCUCCAGGCCAUCUGCUACAAGCGCGGCUCCCUUCAGCUACUCGAUCAGACGAAGCUCCCAUUGCAAAGUACAUAUUUGGAUAUCCGGGACUCCACGGAUGGAUGGCACGCAAUCAAAGACAUGGUGGUGCGCGGUGCACCCGCCAUUGCCAUUGCCGCGGCUCUCUCAUUGGCCGUGGAAAUUUUCAACUUGGAGGAUUUCAAUGGAACGCCUGACGAAGCGUUUUCUUUCAUUGUCAUGAAAUUGGAGUACCUUGUCUCCAGCCGGCCAACUGCUGUCAAUCUUUCGGAUGCUGCAGCUAAACUAAAGCAGAUUGCAUCCGCGGUUGCCACUAAUACUUCGGACGCAAGGAAUGUGUUUGAGGCUUACAUAGAAGCUUCUGAAAUCAUGCUCAAGGACGAUGUCGCUUCAAACAAGGCUAUUGGAUCUCAUGGAGCAAGUUUUAUUCAGCACCUACUGGGAAACUCUAAGAACAUUUUUAUGUUGACCCAUUGCAACACUGGCAGUCUUGCAACUGCUGGUUAUGGUACUGCUCUUGGUGUCAUCCGUUCACUUCAUACUGAAGGAGUGUUAGAAAGGGCCUAUUGUACAGAGACGCGUCCAUUCAACCAAGGAUCCAGACUCACAGCAUUUGAGUUGGUGCAUGAUAAAAUACCUGCUACGCUUAUAGCAGACUCGGCUGCAGCUGCAUUAAUGAAAUUUGGGCGUGUCAAUGCUGUAGUUGUUGGAGCAGAUCGCGUGGCUGCAAAUGGUGACACUGCAAACAAGAUUGGGACCUACAAUCUUGCCGUGAGUGCAAAGCACCAUAACAUUCCAUUUUUUGUGGCUGCACCACUCACUUCUGUCGACUUAUCUCUUUCUUCUGGAGAAGAGAUAAUAAUAGAGGAAAGAUCUCCGAAGGAAUUGUUGAACACACACGGAGGACUCGGGGAACAAGUUGCUGCAUCUGGAAUCUCUGUCUGGAACCCAGCUUUCGAUGUUACCCCUGCCAAUUUAGUAACCGGUAUCAUAACCGAGAAGGGCGUUGUUACAAAAAAGGGCACUGACGCUUUCGACAUAAAGGGUUUUGUUCAGAAGGAAGCCGUGCAGGCCAGUGCAUAAGACGAAGGCUUCCAGCAUUGGAUGAAAUAUACCCGGAGGAGGUGAUUGUUCGUGCCGUGUAACUUAAUAUGAAGAGAGCUAUGUGCUAUAUAUGUCAAAUAAUUGGGAGAAUCAGUCUUACCCCAAGUGAUGACUGUUUUCUCAAAAUGUAAGCAGGCCAUUUUUAUGGUAUUAUUGGUGGACGUAAAAAGUACAAAUUUAAUAAUAGGGUGAACUCUCAAUUUAGUUCCUGAA